GACUACAAGUUAGUCCGCCAAGGCGGAAGUUCCGUUCGGCCUCAGCGGCGAUGAUGAGUUUCGAGUGGCCCUGGCAGUACAGUUUCCCGCCGUUUUUUACGUUGCAGCCUAACGUGGAUACAAGGCAAAAACAGCUGACAGCAUGGUGUUCCUUAGUGCUCUCGUAUUGCCGCCUCAACAAGCUCUAUACUAUGACUGUUCCAGAGGCUCAAGAGAGCCCACUGUUCAACAAUUGGAAAUUGCAGCGAAAACUCCCACUGGAAUCCAUCCUUGUUGUGUUAGAGGAGCUCAGGAAAAAAGGGAAUCUUGAAUGGCUUGACAAGAACAAGUCUAGCUUUCUUAUCCUGUGGCGAUGUCCAGAGGAAUGGGGCAAGCUAAUUUACCAAUGGGUUUUGAAGAAUGGAUUGACAAACUCGGUUUUCACACUCUAUGAGUUAUCCAAUGGCGAGGAUACAGAGGAAGAAGAAUUCCAUGGUUUGGAAGAAUUAGUACUUCUUCGAGCUCUGCAGGCUUUACAACAGGAACAUAAAGCUGAAAUAUUCACUCUGAAUGAUGGUCGGGGCGUCAAAUUUUUCUAAUACAGAUUCUGCUUUUGUUUCCUAGUAUGACUGUACAAAAGGGUCCUGGGUUUAAGAGCUUCUCUCUGCUCUGAUUUCCUUGCAUUGAAGGCUGAAACAGCAAACUGUAUCUUGAUGGCUCAGCAUUUGACUCCAUUUUCUUCUCUCUGCAGCUUCUGCUUCUUAUUGCGUUGUGACGAUUUGAAUAGAUUUAUGGAGGAAUCAGAAUGUUCUUUGUGCUCAUAUGACACAAAACAACUAUUGGCUCUUGAGUUUGGCCUUCCAAAUUGAAGCAGACAAUAAACCCUGCUGCUUGCAGCAAUGAUUUGGGGAUAAUUUGGGGAUCAAAAAUGCAGUACUCUCUCCAGUUGGGCAAGAGGCCAUGUAGACUGAGCUAUCCAGUGGGGCAUUAAAGACUUUGGACAAAUUAAAGUAUACUGUGUUUAUAGAAAA